GAGCGCGGCGCUGAGCGGCGGCGGCGGCGGCGGAACGGGGCUGGGGACGGGGACGGGGACGGGGCCGGGGACGGGGCGGGCGGCGGGGCCCGGCGGGCGGGCGGCGCCAUGGGCACGGUGCUGUCGCUGUCGCCGAGCUACCGGAAGGCCCCGCUGUUCGAGGAGGGCACGGGCACGGUGGGGCAUUACACGGCGGUGCAGAACAGCAAGAACGCCAAGGAGAAGGGCCUGAAGCGGCACUCGCUCAUCUCCGUGCUGCCCUGGAAGCGCAUCGCCGCCGUCUCGGCCAAGAAGAAGAGCUCCAAGAAGGUGCAGCCCAACGGCGGCUACCAGAGCAACGUCACCCACCUCAACAACGAGAACCUGAAGAAAUCUCUCUCCUGCGCCAACCUCGCCACCUUCGCUCCCCCGCCGCCCUCCUCCUCCUCGUCCUCCUCCGCCGCCGCGCUCCCCCCGCCGCAGAAGAACCCGCCCGGGGCUCCCAACGCCGCCAACGCCGCCGCCGCCACCGCGACCCCCCGCCGCGUGGUGGUCCAGGCGUCCACGAGCGAACUGCUGCGCUGCCUGGGCGAGUUCCUGUGCCGCCGCUGUUACCGCCUGAAGCACCUCUCGCCCACCGACCCGGUGCUGUGGCUGCGCUCCGUGGACCGCUCGCUGCUGCUGCAGGGCUGGCAGGACCAGGGCUUCAUCACCCCGGCCAACGUGGUGUUCCUCUACAUGCUGUGCCGCGACGUCAUCUCGGCCGAGGUGGGCAGCGACCACGAACUCCAGGCGGUGCUGCUCACCUGCCUCUACCUCGCCUACUCCUACAUGGGCAACGAGAUCUCCUACCCGCUGAAGCCCUUCCUGGUGGAGAGCUGUAAGGAGGCCUUCUGGGACCGCUGCCUCUCCAUCAUCGACCUCAUGAGCCCCAAGAUGCUGCAGGUCAACGCCGACCCCCACUUCUUCACGCAGGUCUUCGCCGACCUCAAGAAGGAGAGCGGCGCGGAGGAGAAGGGCCGGCUGCUCAUCGGGCUCGACCGGUGAACCCUGCGCCGCCCCCAGCGCCGAGGUGACUCCGCUGGAGGGGUCCCCUCACCCCGUCCGUUAUCCCCGCGGGGGGCUCCCGUCCCUUGUCCUCUUCGAGGCGACCCCCGGAGGAGGAGGAGGAGGGUGGGGGGGGGGUCUCCUCGUCCCGCCGACGGUUCCCUUUGAGGCGACCCCGCCGGAGGGGGCCGCGCCGAUUAUCCCCGUUGAAGCGACUCCGCCGGAGGGGUUUUGUGGCUGUGGUUGUGGCUGUGGUUGUGGUGGGGGAGCUCCGCUCCGCGACCCCCCGCGCCGCCCCAUCCGCGUCCCCUGGAGGUGGGCGGCCGACCCCCGGCCCCUUUUUGCCCCCCUUUCCCCCCCCCACCCCAACACCGCUUCCCCAGCGCCGACCCCACGGCGGUGGCUGCGGGUUUGGGGCGCGUCGCUGUGAAACGCCUCGAUCCCACCGAGCUGAGCUGGGGGCGUUGGGUGGAUGGAUGGACGGAUGGACGGAUGGAUCGAUGGAUCGAUCGAUGGACGGAUGGAUCGAUGGAUCGAUGGACGGAUGGAUGGAUGGAUCGAUGGAUGGAUCGAUGGAUGGAUGGAUCGAUGGACCUCCGGGCCGGCAACCGGGCGCUGCUGCUAAAGGACAGACCCCAACCGCCGGGAACCGCCGCCAAACGACCCCCCCCAACCCCCCACCCCCAUCCUCCUUCUCUCAUCGUUGCUUUGACAGUGGUGUCGCGCAUGCAGACGUCGGAGCAGUUUUUGUGUCUUCGGGAAUUCAAAGAAAAAACGAAACAAAAAAAAAACGGAAAAAAAAAAAAA